CAACACCAGCAUGCCGAGGAGAAAGCAGCAAGCUCCCCGGCGCUCUGCAGCAUAUGUUCCUGAGGAAGAACUGAAAGCAACAGAAAUAGAUGAAGAAAGUGUGGAAGAUGAUGGGCUACCUCUGGACAUCCAGGAAACCGAUUAUAUGUGCAAUGAAGAAACAGAGAUCAAAGAAGCUCAGAGUUACCAGAACUCCCCAGUCAGCACGGCAACAAAUCAGGAUGCAGGUUACGGUUCACCAUUUAGUGAAAACAGUGACCAGCUGGCUCAUUUCAAAAACACUUCCUCCAAAGAAGAAAGAGAAGAUCAGUGCUCAGACAAUGCUCCCUAUCCACAGGACAGCUUAGCACAAAUAAAAGCUGUAUAUGCAAAUUUACUAUCAGAGUCCUGCUGGUCCAGUUUAGCUUUGGAUUUAAAAAAAUCAAAGAGUAGUGAAACCAUCCUGAAGGAAAACACCACUAAUAGCAACUCUAGUAUCAACAUCCCAAGUACUAGUACUAAUGCUGCUACCAGUAUAAGUAUAAGUACCAGUACCAGUACCAGUAGCACUAGUAACAGUAACAGUGGUGGCUCAGGUUAUGACUGGCAUCAAGCGGCAUUGGCCAAAACUCUGCAGCAGACCUCAUACGGACUUCUCCCAGAACCCAGUCUAUUCAGCACAGUACAGCUUUACCGGCAAAACAAUAAACUGUACGGUUCUGUGUUCACUGGUGCCAGUAAGUUUCGGUGCAAAGACUGCAGUGCAGCGUAUGACACGCUGGUGGAGCUAACAGUGCACAUGAAUGAAACAGGACAUUACCGGGAUGACAACAGAGAUAAAGAUGCUGAAAAGACCAAACGGUGGUCAAAGCCUAGAAAGCGAUCACUUAUGGAAAUGGAAGGCAAAGAGGAUGCCCAAAAAGUGCUGAAGUGCAUGUAUUGUGGUCAUUCUUUUGAAUCUUUGCAAGACUUGAGUGUCCAUAUGAUAAAAACAAAACAUUACCAGAAAGUGCCUCUGAAGGAACCAGUACCAGCCAUCACCAAACUGGUGCCUUCUACCAAAAAGCGAGCACUUCAGGACUUAGCUUCACCUUGUUCACCUGAGCCAACAGCGAUCACUUCAGAGACUACUCUUAGUGAAGCAGCAAAGGAUCAGAAAACUGCCAACCCUUAUGUGACUCCAAACAACCGCUAUGGAUAUCAAAAUGGUGCUAGCUACACUUGGCAGUUUGAGGCCCGCAAAGCCCAGAUAUUGAAAUGCAUGGAAUGUGGCAGUUCUCAUGACACUUUGCAGCAGCUUACUGCUCAUAUGAUGGUCACUGGACAUUUUCUGAAAGUAACUAAUUCUGCCUCCAAAAAGGGAAAACAGCUAGUGUUGGAUCCUGUGGUAGAGGAGAAGAUACAAUCCAUACCUUUGCCACCCACCACCCACACAAGAUUACCAGCUGCAAAUGUUAAAAAGCAGCCUGAAUCUCCAGCUGGAUCUACGAGCUCUGAGGAGAAGAAGGACUUGGAAAAGGUGAUCAUUAAUGAAACAGACAAAAAAAUUAAAGAAGAGAAUGAAGACACUACAGAGAAGUUUGAGCCAACAGCUGUAUAUCAGUACCUCAGAGAGGAGGAUCUAGAUGAAAGUCCUAAAGGUGGGAUAGAUAUACUAAAAUCCCUGGAAAAUACUGUGACGACAGCUAUAAGUAAGGCUCAGAAUGGAGCUCCUUCUUGGGGAGGCUAUCCCAGCAUUCAUGCAGCUUACCAGCUUCCAGGAACUGUUAAACCCAUCCAGCCAGCUGUGCAGAGUGUUCAGAUGCAGCCCUCUUAUGCCAGCAGCGUAAAAUCAUUGUCUUCAGAGCACAGUGCACUGAUCCAUUCCCCAGGUAACUUAACACCUCCACCUCACAGAAGCAAUGUCUCUGCAAUGGAAGAACUAGUGGAGAAGGUUACAGGAAAAAUCAAUAUUAAAAAGGAAGACAAACCUGCGGAGAAAGAAAAAUCUUCUCCAGUUAAGCCAUUGUCACCUGCUGCUAAAGAGAACAAAGACUUUCCAAAAUCAGAGGAAACCAUCAAACAGCAGCAGCAGCAACAGCAGCAGAAAAAGAAUCUAGAAGAAGGUCAGAAGGUCAAAAAGGAAAGCCCAGCAGAUCCUCAUACCCUUAAUGGCACUGAGCCACCUAAAGCAAAAGUCACAAAUGGCUGUAAUAACUUAGGCAUCAUCACCGACCAUUCACCUGAGCCAUCUUUCAUUAACCCAUUGAGUGCUUUACAAUCCAUCAUGAAUACCCACUUAGGCAAGGUUUCUAAUCCUGUAAGUCCUUCUUUGGACCCUUUGGCCAUGUUGUAUAAAAUUAGCAACAGUAUGUUGGACAAGCCCAUUUACCCAACAACUCCAGCCAAGCAUGUUGACGCUAUUGACCGGUACUAUUAUGAGAACAGUGACCAGCCUAUUGAUUUAACAAAGUCCAAAAACAAACCUCUGGUUCCCAGUGUGACUGACUCCGUCUCAUCUCCUCUGAGGGAAAGUGCCCUAAUGGAUAUUUCUGACAUGGUAAAGAACCUCACAGGGCGCUUAACUCCAAAGUCUUCAACUCCAUCUUCUGUGUCAGAAAAAUCUGAUGCAGAUGGAAGCAGCUUUGAAGAGGCUCUGGAUGAACUGUCACCAGUACAUAAGAGGAAAGGUAGGCAGUCCAACUGGAACCCUCAGCAUCUUCUCAUUCUUCAAGCCCAGUUUGCAUCUAGCUUGAGGGAGACUCCUGAAGGCAAAUAUAUUAUGUCGGACCUUGGCCCACAAGAGCGGGUGCAUAUCUCUAAGUUUACUGGUCUUUCCAUGACCACAAUUAGCCACUGGCUGGCCAAUGUGAAGUAUCAAUUAAGAAGGACAGGUGGAACUAAGUUUUUAAAGAAUCUGGAUACAGGGCAUCCUGUUUUCUUUUGCAAUGAUUGUGCCUCACAGUUCAGGACUGCUUCUACAUAUAUAAGUCACUUGGAGACACAUUUAGGGUUCAGCUUGAAGGACCUGUCCAAAUUGCCACUAAAUCAGAUCCAAGAACAGCAGAAUGUUUCAAAAGUCCUUGCGAAUAAAACUCUAGGCUCACUUGGAAUUGCUGAGGAGGACUCAGGCUCCACAUUCCAGUGUAAGCUCUGUAACCGAACUUUUGCAAGCAAGCAUGCAGUAAAACUGCACCUUAGUAAAACACAUGGAAAGUCCCCUGAGGACCAUCUGAUCUAUGUGACUGAGUUAGAAAAACAUUAGCGUCCAGGUAAGCAGCCAGGUAUGCAAGUGACCACAGGAACA